AGCCAGUACACCAACCAGUAUACAUCAACAUCAGUCACAGUUGUCACUGCUCCGCGAGCGGUGGUGUCGCACGCGCUCCCUUCAUGCGUUCCAACAAUUCGGGGAAGGUCGAGUACACAACACAUCACCAGAAUGUGACAAAACAACCGCGUGCCGCACUCUCUAGCUAAUAACUUCCCUUCGUCUUCCCUAGUAACUAAAGUCAACAAACUUUUUUUAUUACUUUCUAAAACGUAUUUAAUUUUCCGUGUGUGUUUCGUUUCAAGCUCGCGCCAACAAAACGUGUGUGUUGUGUAUACAUAAAUAUUAAUAUAGUGUUGUUAAGUUAAAUACGAUAUGACUGUAUCAUAUGCCGGCGAGGUACCAAACGGCAGCAGUUUCGGAUGUUUCUGGAGGAUCCUUUGCAAAUGGCGCGGCAGCGUUUACAAGCUCGUCUGGAGAGAACUGCUGGCGUACCUCACUCUGUAUUACACUAUCAACUUGCUGUAUCGGUUCGCACUCACAGAGCCACAACAGAGGGUAUUCGAGAAAGUCCGGCAGUACUUCGGCGCGCAGAGCGAGUCAAUACCCAUGUCCUUCGUGCUGGGUUUCUACGUCAGUCUGAUCGUGAAGCGGUGGUGGGAGCAGUACAAGCUGCUGCCGUGGCCCGACACGCUGGCGCUCUUCAUAUCAGCCGGCAUCCCCGGAGCGGAUGAAACCGGCCGACUGAUGAGGAGGAACAUCGUCCGGUACGCCAUCUUAGCGUACGUCAUCACCCUGCAGAGGGUGUCGCUCAGGGUGAAGCGGCGGUUUCCCACGUGGCAGCACGUCGUCGACUCCGGUCUCAUGUUAGAAAGCGAAAGAAAGGUGUUCGAAAAAAUGGACGGAAAAAGUCCCAUGUCCAAAUACUGGAUGCCCUUAGUGUGGGCAACGAAUAUAAUAAACAGAGCAAGAAAAGAAGGGCUCAUCACGAGUGACCACAUAGUGCAAACGUUGUUGGUGGAACUGUCAGACAUCCGGAGGAGGCUCGGAGCCUUGAUCGGGUACGACACGGUGUGCGUGCCACUUGUUUAUACACAGGUGGUGACGCUGGCACUGUACACGUACUUCGUGGCAGCGCUGAUGGGCCGGCAGCUGGUGCCGCCGGCGCCGGGGAGCACCUCGCAGUACCACCCCGACGUGUACUUCCCGCUCUUCACGGCGCUACAGUUUUGUUUUUACGUGGGAUGGCUGAAAGUGGCCGAGGUCCUCAUAAAUCCGUUUGGCGAAGACGACGACGAUAUUGAACUUAAUUGGCUGAUAGACAGACACAUCAAGGCAGCCUACAUGAUAGUGGACGAAAUGCACGAAGAGCACCCGGAACUGUUAAAGGACCAAUACUGGGAGGAGGUGGUUCCGAAGGACCUGCCUUACACGGUGGCUUCCGAACACUAUCGCCGCCACGAGCCGCCCUGCUCCGCGGACCACUAUAAGGUGAAGGCCGAAGACGCCGUGUACGCAAACGUGCAGGCCCCAAGAAAAAGCCACGAUGAGACUUAUGCUGACUACGAAAGCGUUGACACACCGUUAGUGGAGCGACGGAAGAACUGGUUCCAGCGUCAGAUCUCCCGCAUGGGCUCGGUGCGGUCCGCGUCCACGGCGUACUCGUCGGGCGGGCUGUUCGGCCGCAACCGGCACAACUCCGUGGUGUACUCCAGCCCCGAGGCCGGCCAGCCCGCGCCCGCGCCGCCGCACAAGAUGUCACUAUACGAGAGGCUCGUCGGCAGGAAGAGCGGCCGCGGACAACAUCGACAGAACUCUAGACAUGGUGGACAGAAAAGCAACGGUACAGCGGUGCCGAUCACGCUCCGCAACCGGCCGCGGAUCCCCACUCCAGACGUGACCAAGGAGAUCAUAGACCGCGAGAACCGUCUCGCUAUGGGCAUGCAGAACAUGGGCGUUAUCAUGGCCCACCAGGGCUACCAGAACGAGGUGCCCGUCCUCGGCGCUUUAGUGCUGUCUCCCAUACAAGAACUGGAUAGCGGCUCGGUGAAUAACACGUUACACGCAGGCCAGCCGGGGACUACAGCUUUAGCACAGGCAGUUUUAUCUCCGUCGGGCCUAGCGCCGAUGUUGACCGCGGGGCCGGUCGCUCUGUCUCCUAUGGGAGUGACACAACUUUCACUAGUGGGAUCGACCCCGUCGACGCCUAGAACCGAGCGUAUAACGGGCUCAGCGGGAUCCGGCGCGACGCCACCGCCGCCGCGAGCCACAGUCACGGAGCUGCCCGGAUCGGAUCGCGACAGCGAACACAGCGCGGCCAGCACCGGCACGCCGCCGGAAUUCACCAGGAAAUCAAACUCGAAACGGGGAGAAGUCUACGUUUAAUAAAGUGAAGUACAUCGUCAGAUAUCACUCAAGUCAGGUUUAAUGAUCGGUUCUUCUUUAGGCACGUAACGUAACACACGGCUCUGGUCGAGCGGGUUUUUUUUUACUACAAUGUAGGUAAACCGCGUGGUAUUGCACACUAUACGCCGCGCCCCAAUUUACAUGGUGCCGUGCGGAAACUCCGUACUGUGUGUUAUACUCCUGAGUGUGUCGAAACACCCACAACUCUGAAUCUCAACGACAAUCCAGAUACCUACGCAGCUCUUUCUGAAGCCCCUGAAAAGAUAACCGUAACCUGUGAAAUUUGCUGCUCAGUUGUGCAAGUUCGCUUAUCUAAUAGUUCGUUAACCAACAGGCGUAUAUUCCUACAUUUAGGUUGAGUUUACACGAGGACUAACAGAUCAUGCAAGCAUAAGCCAUACGCUCGACAGCAUAAAAGUAUAGUGUAAGGGUUGUUGGUCCAGGUUGAUGCAAAGGUCCGUUGGUGCCAAAAAUUGGUGGCCAUUUUAACUUCAGGUCAUUGUGAAUAAAUUGAACACGUCUGGAACGUGUGGCUUUUAUUCACCUACGAGUAUAAAAUAUUAAAUAACAUUAAUAGGCUACUACUUACCUAAGGCCCACUUGCACCAUCCCACUAACUCGGGGUUAUGCGGUUAAUGGUAGGGGAGCCCACGAUGCUAAAUCGGGAUUUACUCGAGCGUUAUAGAGACCUAUUGGGUUGCAAAGUUUAGAUGAUAAAAAUAAAAAAGUGUCAUAUAAUAUAUACCGUUUCAGCGGUGGGGGGAGAAGCUAUAGAUAUUCAAAAAUGUAAAAAAAAACUGUUGCAUGGACAUACUCGAGCGCGUCAGAUAUUGAUAUCAUCCAUGUCCUACGUAUUUAAAAAAAAUGUACGCAUGUUAAUCUGAUUGAUUCCAUGAUGGGGGUGGUCGUACGUAAGGGUUGAAAAUGAAGAAAAAAAAAAUUUAUCGAGCGCGUCAGAUUUUUUAAAGAGAUGUUAAGUGAACCUAAAAAAAUCUUUUACAUAAUAAUCUGACGAUUUGGAUGAGACGCAAACUCGCGGCCAUUAUGAGAAUGUGCAAAAAAAUUCGCUAUUUUGAAAUACUCAAGCGCGUCAGAUUAAGAUAUAUAUGGUUCAUCUUUAUGCCCUAGACAUGAUGUCUCAUAAUCUGACGAUUAUCUGGAGGGAUUCGCUUAAUCUGACAAUUAAAAAAAUAUUUUUUUAAUUUUUUUAAACAAUGAACUUAAUUCAUUAAAAAGCUCAGGAAAUAGCAUGCAAAUAAAAAAGUGUAUAUGUUUUUAUGUAGAAUACUUGUAUUUUAAGAAAAUAAUUAUUUAAAAAUAUAUUUUUUGAGUAUUUUUUUUUAAUUAUCAUCUUAAUCGGUGAAAUCAUUUUCCUCCUCUGGCUCGAUUUCAUCCUAGUUAUCGUCCCAUAGAAAAUUUGAAAUUCGCGCCUUUUUCUAUUGACAAGAUUUGCUUACUCGACUUUUCACUUCCUUAAAACUGCACACAUACACGUUUAUGGAAUGGGGAGUCAAAUAUCAGAAUGGAAAUUGUAUAACAAGUCGAUUUAUACCCAAAUUUCAAUUGCUUCUCGUAAAAAUUAAUUAAAUCGUACUUGGAACCUACUCUAGUGCAGAAACGUGUCAUUUUCUGCACCCCUUUUAGAACAACAAUGACCCUUUUUCAGAGCAUGAGAAAUGAAAAAUAUCUAUUCUUUUCAAGUAGAGUAAGAGGCUGUCAGGUGAUAAAAUAAUGAGUACUCGAGUACGCAAGACCGUAAAAUAGUGCGUACCCAUCUGGCAACUCUGGUCCAGAGUGGGGACGGAGUGAGAGAGUAAUAGAUAGAGAAAGAGUGAGAGAGGAAUAGAAACGCGGAGAGGGGAAUAUAGGCAUCACGGCACGCAUUCAACUUUAUCGAUGAAUUUUUGUUACUUCGGCUUGCGGAAAUCGUCAGAUUAUAUAUUUUUCGGAUUUCUUGAAUUAUUCCCUUCAAAAUAAAAAUAAAAUUAGCCACGCUCGAGAAUGUCGAGUUGACGUUUUUUUUACAACUUUGUAGCCCUCCCCCUUCUUUACGUCACUCUCAAAUUGUCAGAUUAGUGGAAUAUACACGUUUUAGCAUGUAACUAACUCACCCUACCUUAAUCUGACGCGCUCGAGAAUUUCAGAUGAUCAAUUUUUUUUUACUAAUCUGAUCCUUUAUCCUUGAUGAGCGGCCAUAUAUAUGGGGCUCAUAUUUGGUGGAAGUACUUAACCGGGUACAAUGUAUCCCCCUGUAUAUUAAUCUGCCGCGCUCGAGUAGAUCCCGAAAUCCCCUCUUGGGCUCCCCUACUAUAAACCGUUAACUCUGUGUCAAAUUGUACUGGUAACCAUGGUAACUCCAGGUUUAACCGGUUAACCCUGGGUUAGUGGAAUGGUGCAAGUGGGCCUAACCUAUCUAAGAUAAUUUAAGUACCGUAGUUAUGCAGAAAACGACCAACUCUAUUUUUGUAUCAAUGCAGAAAGAAAGCGACGAAAUCCACUGAGUUAAGGUGUAGGUAAGUCACUUUGACAAAAAUAAAAAGUUGGUCGCUUUCUAUAGAACUACGGUCUAGAAAUUGAAUUUCGUGUGCUCAAGCUGGUUCGAUGUCAAUAAAUGCGGUGUCUACCUAAAUUUGUACUCUAUAAGAGGGUUGUACUUAACUAAUAGCUAUACCUAUGUAUAGUGUGGCUAACCCUAUUUAUCCGUUUUUAGGGUACGUUCAGAUCAGACAAAUUCCCGAAUCGCUAUCGCGUUUUAAAUUAUAAUGCACGCUAGCAGUAUGUUUAACACUCACUAGCGCAAAUGACACAGUAUUUUCACCUAUUUCUUAAAACUAAUAACUUAAUAAUAUACUGAAUAGCAACGAGAGAUAGAACGUGCAGCUGCAGUCACUUACCAUUUUGUGAGUGUGUGUGUGUGUGUGUGUGUGUGUGUGUGUGUAAUGGUCAAAAAUAGUGGGUUCAAACCUCAGUCGUGCCGGAUAGAGCAAUUAAAAUCAUUCUCGAUGCCAAAACAAAAUGACUAAAAAUUUGGUCUACCCAGACACACAGACAAGAGGUUAAACGACUUUGAGUCAAAUGGUAUUUCAAUGUGAUCCUCUUUCCAGGGAAAUAUACAUUUAUAAAUAUGGAUACUACUUUCUAAGAGUUGAACACUAAAACGUUGACCUGUGGUUUAGCACGAAAGGACUUAACUACUGGGUAAAAAAUUAGUUACGUACUACGGAAUGGGUCCGUUUUGCUAAACUGUGUCUCAUCGCCAUUUUCAGGUCGCUGCGUACGUAACGUGAUUUUCGUCGUCAGUGACGGGAACGGCUAAUGUUUGGAGGGGGCGGAUGUGCGUAUAUCCUUAUAAGACGUCGCAUGCAAUAAGUGCGACAUUAUAUAUAGAUUAUACGACUCGAAACACGUUGCGUAUGCACCCACCUUAAGAACACACGCAUUGCAUUGUUGUGUGGAAAUAAUUAUCUAAUAAGUUGUACCUAAUUGAUGAUGGUUAAAGCACGUUGUUUCUACGCACGUGUUUUUACCUUUUAAAUAUUUAAGUAAAGGGGCCCACUGAUUACUAGUCCGCCAGACGAUAUCGGCCUGUCAGUUAAAAGCAAAAUUUGACAGCUCCGAAUAACUGACAGGCUGAUAUCGUCCGGCGAACUGGUAAUCUGUGGGCCCCUUAAGGGUCGGCAUAGACGUACAGUGCUCAUAUAAAUAGCCUCUGGGUCGCAAUCCCUCUGUAACGCCCCUAAAAUAAGCCAGGGUUUAACAUGUGACUUGCCUUGACCAUUAUCAAUAUGACAGAUGUUUUUAUGUAUACAUUUUAUCGGAUAUAAAUGUAGGUAGGAGAGAUCGAGGCUUGUGAAAAUCCGUCCUUAGUGAAGUAAUAGUGAUCUUAUUGUUAGUUAAUUUAGCCUAUGCGGAUUGACAAUAAAGUACGUUUUAAAUGUUAGCGCAUAGCGGAAUAACCGUUGUAAUUAGGUAUAAUGAAUUUAUAAAUUACGCACAAACAGGGAUUGAAUUUGUAUAGUUGAAUUGUAUACAUAUAUUUUUAUUAUAUA